AUGCAGAUCAAGGACGAAGGGGCCCUGAUAUUCCUUGACAAGUUGAAGGGAGACCCUAGUAAGAGGUCUAGAGACAAGUACUGUUGUUUCCACCGCGACCACGAUCGUGAUACAUUAGACUACUAUGACUUAAAGCAGCAAAUAGAAGCUCUUAUCAGGCAAAGGAAGUUGCAAAUGUUUAUUGGUAAGGAAAGGACGGACCAACCCCAAGGACAACCUGCCCAGAGAGAAAACGAGCAUCUUGGACCCCCAGUAGGAGACAUAAGGAUGAUCGUAGGGGGAACCAUAGCAUCCGACUUGUCCAAGAAGGCAUGCAAAGCCUACCUACGGAUGGUUCAGAACGUCCAGUUGAUGAGUUUCGUCUCGAAGAUGGCAUGGAUCAACAACCCUGUCAUUGGGUUCACAGAGGAAGAUGCCAAGCGUCUCCACCACCCACACAACGAUGCGCUCGUGGUUAGUAUACGGGUGGGGGAUUACAACACCCAUCGAGUCCUUAUGGAUAAUGGGAGCUCUGCUGACAUCCUUUACUACCCAACGUUUCAGUAG